CCAUAUCUGUCAAGCCGGCUGGCAAAAGUAGAAAAAUUGAUUGUUUCUGGCCGUGAAGCAGAAUUUGCACGGAAAAGUUUUACUUCUUGAUAUAUUGAAUCAUUUAUUUAUUUGCAAAAUGAAUACCCGCCAAGUGCGAUCUCAACCCCAGCGUGGAAUAAAUCAAAAAAACUAUGGAAACAAUGAAACGAACAUGUGUCCUCCGUUUACGUGUGAGAACACUUUGCAAUAUGUAGAAAAAAAGAAAGAAAUUAUAGUUUAUGUUCAUUUGUAUGCAAUGAAAAGCCUUCAAAACGAAGUUAUAUUAAAUAUAAUUUCAACAGCAAUUAGUUUCUUCGAUUCACUCAAACAUUUCGCUCUUUUUUCGAUCAAAUCAAAUCAAUUCUUUAUGCGGCCUCCAAUUUAUCAUCGAUCAAUGCGACACGAUUUUUAGGAUUUAUAAUUUCCCAUUCUUAAUUAACUGUGGCAAGGGCCACCCGUUCCGGAGUCUCUUUGAUUCGGCCAACAAAAAAUGGUGUAACAAUACCAAGUAUUUUGGUGUCUCAGUGAAUCUCGAAUUUGCAAUUGAUAUUGCCGAUGGAUGUAGCAAAUUUGGGCUAAAUUCCGUUUUACUCAGAGAAAAAACGUUUGCCCUGGCUCAAAUCGAAAAUUAGAAUGUUCUUUUCGUAGCUUAUUGUUUUGGCCUACCGUCCCUAACUACUUUUUAUUUCUUUUUUUUUUCUAAAUGUACUUCAACUGAUUGCAAAGUAAUGGAAAUGCUCCCAAAUUCCGAGCUGCAAACUUCAUAGGCCACUUAACUAAGAGACAUUGCAACCAUGCACAAUAUCACUCAUAGGAAAUGUCAAAGUGAUAUGUCCAUCGUCUUGUUUCCAUUACAAGCACAUAUAUGGCCGUAAAGGCCACCAUAACUGAUUUUGCUUUAGAAUCGAAUUUUUUUUUCUGACCACUAAAUUCACAUUCAAAAAUUCAAAUUCCAAAUUGAUUGAUUUGAUGAUUUACCAAAAAAAUGCGAAUGAUUGGGUGCGGGCAAAUCAAUUGCCAAACAAUAAAUUAUAUCUUAAGGUUUUGUUCGUUUUGGGUUAGAUGAAAUGCUUUAGAAAUGUCCAUGGCUAUGACUAUGGGAUAUCCACUAAAAUCGGAGAUAAAGACUGGAGCUACUAAUUCGCCGAUACAUUCUGAAGGGAGAGAGAAAAAGAGAGAGUGUGGAUGAAGACUGGAUAAAGCAAACAUACACUCCGCAGGCUGUUCAAAAGCCUGUCUACCAAACAAAUAAUGCGUCGAAUGCUAAUCAGCAGCGUCAACAACAACAACAGCAACAACAACCUCCCGCACAAAUGUAUCAGCCGAAUCUAAUAUCACAACAUCCACAAAGAACUGCCGUCAAUACUGCAAACUUGGCACCGAUUCCCCAAGUCCAGGAAACCAAUCCAUUUAACGUUAAUGAGAAAAUGGACCAAUCCAAUGCGACAAUCGAAUCGGGUGGCAGUGAGGAUAUGCCUCCGAAGCCAUUUCUGCAUCGAACGAAGAAGAAGGCUUCCGCUCGCGAAAUUCGUCAGCGUCAAAACCGUCGUCUACGAAAAUUGCUGACACCGAAAAAUGCAUUAAUGGCACUGUACGAGUUGAUUGGCAACAAAAAUUGUGAUUUUAAAAUCAAUGCGGACGCUAAGGGCUUUCUAGCUGAAGUGUUGGUCAAUAACGUUCGCUAUGAGGGCAGAGGUACGUCGAAAACGCAAGCGAAAAAUGAUGCAUCCGAAAAAGCACUGCGCGAUUUAAUUAUCCAGAAAAUGGUGGAACGACCAAAAAAGAUUACGGCAGCUGAUGGCAGUGAAACAAUGGAGACGGAAGAUGUCGAUAUGAAAGAGGGAGAACCGAAUGCAGUGGAAGUACCGAUGAUGCACUUAGCUUCAUUUGCACUUCACAAACUUUUCUCAGAGUGGCAAAACGAAGGAUUCGAAAUUCCCGACCUGAAGUCUACCAAUCCUCAAGAGAAAGUGAUUGCGCCAAAAGUAUCGGCUGAUAAAUCCGAAUUGCCAGCGAACCACGAAACAAUGCACCCAUCAAUGCUGCUAUCAAUGAUGAGACCAAACACUCAGUAUGUUGAUCUUGGCAGCGAGGGAACCACUCCGAAUGUCUUACACCGUUUCGGUGUAACAAUUGAUGGCCAGUCGUUUGUCGGACAGGAUCGUACCAAAAAAUUAGCACGGAAAGCCGUUGCUAUUGCUGCUUGCAAUGCGGUGUUCGGCACUACUUUCCAACACGAUGCAGUUCGUGUGGUCAAUCUGGCCAAAAAGGAGGGUGAAAAGUAAAGCGGUAGGCAUUUAAAGAAUAUUUUUUAAAUGACCUCUGCUCCCACCCUUCGAAUUCUAUGACAAGUUAGUAAUGCAAGUAGUUCGUUGGAAGUAAUCGUAGUUUGAGCGUUAUAUUAUAAUCAGUAAAAAGUAUUGGAUUGACUGUUUUGUCAGUUUGAUGUAGACCCGUACGACGAAAGAGCCAUUUCUGAUAAAUUUUAGUUAUACAAAGAAACAAAUUGGAAGACGCGCCAUUUAAAUCUGGAACAAGUUAGGACCACCCUUAGUGAAUACACACAGUCACACACUCACUCACACACACAGAAAAUAUUAGACAUUACGUAUUUAUGCCUUCAAUAUUUAUUUUAACUGCAAUUCUAUCCACAAAGAAAAUGAUUCACUGCACUGCAUUUCCCUAUGAGAAUAAGUCUAUCAAGCAAACGUUCGUAUGCCAAUUACCAUUUUCCGAUGAUUUUUUUUCUUUGCCAACAUCAUGAGAUGGGUCCAUCAAUUAUCAAAGAAACAAGAGUUUCAUCUUAGGAAUCGCCGGAUAAUUCAUACGUGAGUCCCAUCUAUACAGACGACUUGAUUUAUUUCCUGUAUUGGCAUUGAAUUUGACAUUUGUGAUGGGAUCAUUUAAUGUCCGUUAUUGUGAUUGUAUGGAUCGUACGGGUCGAAUUAAUGAUCUACAUUAAAAAUAUUCUAAACAAAAAAAUUAAAAAAUUAACUUAAACAUAUUUUACACACACGUAAACAUUCAUGAUGAAUUGGUGGAGAGGUUCUGGAUACAGUACAUGCGCCUCUUAUAUUUGUAUGUCAUAAAUUAUGAUUUUUCACGAUU